CAAAUUCGCCGACUAUUACUACCCCUUUAACGCGACCGUUUCUUCUUUCAUCUUCAAUCAUGAGCUCCAAUAUGUUCUCCAAGAACUCGAAAACCGAGUCUACAGCCUCUCUUAUCCCUCGGAACCUCAAGAGCCCGUCGCAGUUUCUAUCGUGGGGGUCGAAAGGAUCCUCCGCCCAGUUGAAAAAUAAUGAUGGAAAGACCACUACACUCUCAGCUCCCAAAAGCGAUUCUGAUUUCGCGAAGAAGGCGAGGGCCAAUGGGUGGAAUGCACCUACAGCGGCGCGACCGUCUCUUGGCGGGUUUUAACCCUCGGAUUUCCGUCGUUGAGGAACCAAUGUAGAAAACAUACACUCUUCCCGGCUUGCGGGUGUAUAUGCUGUUUUUGUGGAUAUCUAUUUUACAGGAGGCGUGGAGAUCUUUAUGAUAGCACUUAAUCAGUUUUGAACGGGUUUGUGGAUACCUUUUG